GAGCCCGAAGCUCAGGACAAGGAUGGCAAAGGAAGAGAGGGCAAGGAGAAGGACCAGAAGGACCAGAAGGACCAGAAGGAGAGCAAGGAAAGCAAGGGAAAAGGCAAAGACAAGGGCGAAGGCAAAGGCAAGGGCGAGCAAAGUGGGAGCGGAAAUGGGUGGAGUGCCGAUGCUGAGAAGCUGCUGCGGCUCGUGAAGCGCCUGGGCCCCCGUAACCCGAACCUUUGCUCCAGCGCCUUCUUGAACAACUUCUUCCGGGACCUCCGCCUGCCGCAGCUCCGUGUUGGGCCCUGCCUCGGGGAGGCCGCAGUGGGCUUCUCGCAGCUCUUGUCCCUGGAUGUGUCCCGGAAUUACCUGGUGGACAUCGCGUACCUGCCGCCGAACCUACGCUUCUUGCGAGCCUACAACAACAGGCUCACUCGUCUAAGCUGCAAGCCGCUGGCCUCGCUCUGCUUCCUGGGCCUCGGCUUCAACCCGUUGGGUGAUGCUGGGUUUGCCGACGCCAGCAAGUUCCCGAACCUGCUGUCGCUGGAUGCAGGAAACACUGACACGGCAAGCCUGGCAAAUGCCAAGCUGAAGCUGAAGCCCCUGGCGAUGCUUCGGCACCUCUACUUGCUAGGCAGCCCUGUUUGCCUCUUGCCCUUCUACCGGUUGCAGCUUAUCCAUCAGGUGCCGCAGCUCCAGGUUCUGGACGGCUUGGCUCCUAGUGAGGAGGAGCUGGCAGAAGCACAACAACUCCCGGAGACGGGCGAAGCUUGCUCCAGCCAUGUGCCCGAGUCGGCCGGCGGGGGGCUUGACUGGUGUCGUGUGACCUUGGCCUUCGGCCAGCUGACAAGCCACCAGGAGCUCUUAAGGGAAGCGCUGUUGACAGCUGCUGAUGAGGAGGCCAUUGCCUCCCAAGCGGCGGAGGCGGCAGCAGCGGGGGAGGAAGUGGUGGAGCGUGACGCCUUGGCUGAGAAGUGUGGUCAAGAGAGCCAGCUCCGCCUGACCUUCCAAUUGCCAAAUGGUAUAUGGGUGGCAACGAGCAGCAUCAACCUCUGCAAGAAGACCUACGAGGUGGAAGAGGGUCAGCCUCCCCCGCCGGUGGUGCUCAAGGAGUCCCUGAAGCUCAAGGCCUUGCGCCAAGAGAGCGGCGAGCAGCUCAGCUUCGAUCUUCGUUUUGACGAGGACCUUGGUGGCUUGCGGGCCUUACGCCAGUGGCUCCAGCGUGGCCUACAGAUUAAGCUUUGGUACCUUGCCAAGCCCCCGGAGACACCGGAAGCAGCCCAGCCACUGCAGCCACUGGAGGCCAAGGUUGACACCGGAAUGGAGGACGCGAAGCCGGCAGAUUCAGCCGAUGGAGGGGCGACGGAGGUGGCGGCUGUGACAGGCGAGGAUGCGGAGGUGGUGGCCGAAGCAGCCCCCUCCUCGGUCAAGGAGGACAAGGACGGUGUUGGCGUGUGCUUGGGUGGCUGCGUGGUGCCCCUGUCCAGCCUUCUACAGCGGACGCCCACGUCGAUUGGGUACCCAGAUCCUUGGCAGCAUGUGGCCGAGGUCAGUGUGGUGUCCGUGGCCCACUGGCUGAACCCUGAGAUCCAAGUCCCAAAGGAGCGCGACAAGGAGAAGGCGGAGAAGGUUGAGAAGCCUGCUCCUGCCGCCCAGCUAGAUCUGGUGCUGUCGCUUUACGCGACGCCAUUGGAGGAUGUUGUGGAGUCAGAGGAGGAGGCGCCACCGGCGCCCAAAGCGAAGGCCAAAGCUAAGGGAAAGAAGUAG